GGGAUUCAUCCUGUUUCGGCCGACAAGAUUGGUUUUCACAAUUAUAUCAAAGACUCACUUGAUAUAGAAGUUACCAUAAGUCAAAUGUUUGAAAAGAUAAGGAGAUUGAAGAAGAAAUAUGAGACAAAUCUUAUGAAAGGAAGGAAUGGAGUUGAUAAAAAAUUCUCAACAGCUCACGAUUUGGAAGUUUAUGAAUUGUCAGCAGGGGUUUGGGGGAAAGGUAAAAAUGUUGAGGUUAAUGCUAACAUAGGUUUGAAGAAUAUGGAGGAGACUGAUGAGAAUAAAGGAGAAGGUGGAGGCUUAAAGAUGAUGUUGAGGAGUGCUGUGAAGAAAGACAUGAAAAAGAUGAUGAAGAAAUUAACAGUGAAGGAGGUUGAACAUUUCCUUCAACAACUUGAUCUUGAACAUAAACGGGCAACUCUUAAGUACCAAGUCCUAUUAAGCAAAUCCCAGGCCACCAAGACCACCAAGAGAUGAGAUCCAUAAGGCUUUGCCCUACUACUAAUGUUUUUGGUGUUAAAAUGAUGGGGAAACACUUAUUAUCCAACUUUAUAAUAUGAUGUUCUUUUGAUUUUUGAGGAAAUAUUAUUACUGGCUACAUUAAAC